AUGGAGAACGAGGAACUCGCGGUCUUCCACCGCCGGCGAGGCGCGGAGCAGGAGUGGGCGAGGAUAGAGGCUGAGACCACCGACGCGGAACCACCAUGCAUCGUGCCCGCCAACGCAUGCCAUGUUUGGGGCAUGGGGCUCUACCACUGGAUAAGUUGCUUCGGCCAAAUCUCCUAUGUCAGGCUGGCGUUCCAGGAUGCAACGUCGAAGGAGUGCGAGGGGAGCGAGAAGCUCGAGGCCCUUGAAGAGAAAGACCUUGGUACUCUCCUCCGAGUUCCCCAGACAGGCAACACCGAUCCGGAGGCCGCGUCCGAGGUGGAGGCUCCCGAGGCUCCGGGUUCCUCUAAAAGGAAAAGGGGUUCUUCCUCCGGCCCUGCUACUAAACGCGCCCGCGAAGUGCCCAGCACUGCGGCUACCCAGAAACUAGAGGCGGAGAAGAAGCGCCUCAAGCUUAUCGACACCAGCAACCGAGCCCAACCCGGCAUCGACCAGUUCUUCAAAUCAUCUGGCUCCGGAAGCCAGCCCCCCAAGAUCCCCAAGAAGAGAGCGAAGCCAUCUCCGGCUUCUGUGCCCGUCACACUAGAGGUGGAGGUUCCGCCCAAGGCCUCUUCUACCGCCAAGCCAGACCCUAAGGACGUCAUCAACCUUGAUGACCUCCUAGAAGAUCCGACUGACGAAACCGGCCACGGCGAGUCCGACAAGGGCGCAUCCUCGUCCGCACCUCCGCCUGAGAAGCCCGUUGUUACCUCAGCUGAAGCUCCGGCUGAUGAAGUUGAGAAGAAGUUAUCCCUAAGUCAUGCUACUGGCACGCCCCAGACUCAUCCUCACCUCUUUCCACUUCUGCAAAAGGUCCCCCUCUCACAGCGCCAUGCGGAGAUCUCCGCCAUGAUGGACCAAGUGUGGGGGCCUGCGAACACGGAAGAGCAGGAACUGACUGACCUCGAAAGUGGUCUCAAAGUCUUUUUCGCCAAGCACAAGAAUAACACUCGGAAGCUGCACGAGGAUCUGCGUGUUCAUGUGCUGGAGCAAAUGACAGAGAUAGAAGGGCUGCGCCAGAAUGUUGAAAAUAGCCGGCAGGCUUUGCUACUCCUAGAGAAUCGCUUGAAAGAAACUGCUAAGCGCCCCGCUGUCGACGCCAUGUCCGCCAAGAUCCAAGUGCUAGAGGCGGAGAAUGAAUCUCUCAAGAACUUCUUGAAAGAAUCUUCCGAGAAGGAGACUAAGGAGAAGAAGGAGCUCUUGGAGAAACAUACCCGCGACAUGGCGAAACUUGCUGACAAACUUAAGAAGAGCCAGCAAAGGGUGUCAACCUUGGCGGCAAAAAAUAAGAGCCAGGAGGCGGAGGCGGAGGCCAUUGAUAAGAUGAUCUUCCCAAGCCUGGGCUUUGAAUGGACCAAAGAUUCAACCCUUAAAAGGGCUGAGGCAUAUGAUGAAGCGCGGAGCUCGAUUGAUGACCUCUUCGAGGCAUGUUGCGAAGUUGCCAAGGCCUUAAACCUGAAGAGAGCCAAGACGACGGUGAUUGACACCAUGUCGAAGCUCAUGAAGCAAGUGCCGGAUCUCAUCAAGGAUUGGCAAGAAUCUUCUGCCCGCGGAGUUGCUUCUCUCCAUGAUCUUCCCCAGGGCUUCUCUGACGCGGAAGAUGAAGAAGAGGAAGGUGCCGAGGAAGGUGACGAGGAAGGCUCCGGGUCGAGCGCUGACCACUUCGAGGAGGAAUCCGACGACAACUCCGGCGAAGGUUCAGGCGAUGGCUCCGGCAAUGACUCAGGCGAUGGCUCCGCCUAUGUAGCUUCUGAUGAGGAGCAAUCCUCCGAGUAG